CUCGCGGUACCUCCAUGUGCCUCCACCACCGGCGGUGAUACUUUGGAGAGGAGAUGGCGGCCAGAGGGGGGUUUCAGUCGGCACCUACAGGAGGUGGUGGCGGAGCAAUGGGACCCGGACCACCGGUACCGGGUGCAGGACCAGGCAUGGGCCCCGGGACUCCCACGGGAAGGAUGGGACCGUCGGCCGCCGCGCAGAACCACAUGUACCGCUCCCCGAUGCCCGGGCCCGGGUACCCGGUGAGAUCUCAUCGCUCCAUCUUUGACGCGUUAGCCUGUCCGCGAGAACAAAGCCUCCAACCGCCGCUUUGUCACGGCGGCUAACGGGAACAGGCGCGACUAGAGCGGGCCGCAGCCCCGAACAGCCGGCUCCCCCUGAGUUAAAGAGAGCUCUAGUUAAAAUAAUCCAACAUUUAUCCUGUUAAAGUUUCCUCCAGAGUUAGUUUUCUGUUUGAAUUCGCUAACCCUCCCGCCCGCUAACGUUACGGUUAGCUGGUUAGACACGGUGGCCAAUUAGCUUAGCCCGCUAACGCUGCUAACCGUGUUUCAUUAAGUUGAUAAAUAACUCCGUUAAGGGUCUCUUUGAGUGGAUUUUGAUACUAAGCGAGGGCUGGAGACUUUAGUUUGAGUUUUACUGUUCAGAAAAGUUUGAGUUAGCCUCACAGAGAACUAACAUUAACAACCUGAUCCACUUUGAAUGAACAGGCUGCUGUUCAUAGAUGUAGUUUUACACUCAUUACAGCAAAAUGUCACGGCGAGACUCACAAAUGCGAUUAAAAAAAGGACAAAUUACUCAAUGAAGACAGCUUUAUUUUGAUACUUUGUAAAUAUGAUGUCCGUGUGUGUGUUGUGUGUGAACUGAACCAGCAGUCACAGGCUCACCAGCUGGGUGAGACUAAGUGCAGGAUAACAACAAUUCUGCUAAACUUUCUGCUCAUAAAAUCUCAUUACAAUCAAGAUUCAUGGCCUUUGCAUUAAACUCAUUUAACUUCAACCGAAUCAUAUGCAGUUUUAAGUGGUAUAAAGUAGGCCUGAGCGAUUUGGCAAAAAAAAAAAUGAUUACGAUGUAUUUUGUCAUAUCGUCUGAUCUCGAUUAUUAUCAUGAUUUUUUUUAACUGCCAGUUUUAAAGCAUCUGUACUAAAAACUAUAGAAACUAGAGAUUAGUUCAACAUUUUAUUGACAUAUAAAGUUAAUAACAAAGCAAAUUGAGUAAGAUACACUUUACCUGAACAGUACAACAGAUGAAGGUAAAUACUAAAUAGUACAGUGAUUUAGUUUACAGUCCUGAGUGUUUUUGCAGGUAUGCAAGACCCAAAAUCCCCCCCUCAGAGAUAAUGAAGACGCCUUAAAAUGUAAACAUAGAUAGUAGAUUGAUUACUGCCUUGGUCUAAUGGCUGCACUGCUCGUUGUGGCUAAACUGCUAAUGCUACUUGUGCCAUCAGCAGUGACAGGCUGUACAGACUCCGCUCACAUUUUCAUGUUAAAGUUAAAGAUUAUGAAACAUUAAAGUCAGUACAAAAACAUUUCAGUUAUAAUAUUGUUAAGCCAAGUAGAUAAGUUAAGGUACUAGCAGGGCUGGGUGAUUCAGGAAAUAUUUUAUCACAAUAUAUUUUUUUCAUAUUAGUCGAUAUCACGACAUAAAAAAUGAAAUUGAACAAUACUUAUUGGUAGCGUGUCUUUCGUAAUACAAUAAGCUACAACAUCUGUGAGGUCUUUGUGUCUUUUUGAUGUUUUUUCAUAAGACAUCACACUAGAGAAAGUGGACUGAAUGGUUGGCUGUUUUCGGGGUUAAAGUGCUAUGGUUGUGUGUAGCUGCUGUCUGCUACUACACAGUUGUUUCCUACUUGGUUCUAAUUUAGCACAUCAUUAAUUCAGCUCAAGCAGACCCAGAGAAACUCCCCUUUUCAUUGGCUAUUCGUAUGGUCUACCAAAACAUGGCAGAAUACAGACUAUCUGAAAGCAUAUUGACCAUGUUUUAUAUUGAUAUUGAAGGAAAUUAAUUUUUGACAAAUAUAUCGUUAUCGUUUUAUCGCCCAGCCCUAGUUACUAGUAUUGCUCUUUAAGUCUUCUUGCAGACUGUUGAAGCAAAUCUGAUUGUAGCGGCGAAAGUUAGAAGCUUGGUAGAAUUGAAGGUUUCCAUCCACUUUGCUGAAACCAGGGAUAUUAUUUCUUAAAGUCAAAGAUCAUGACUGAAAAAGCAAAACUGUCAAAGAGCUAUACAAUCUCUUUAAAAUGUCAUAUACCCAAUCCUUAAAGCCCACAUCCACAUGUAGUUAGUGGGCUUGAUGCAGCCAAUAUAACACUUAAAAAAGUAUAUCUGAGAUGUGAAGUCUGUCUUUGUUUAUGUUGUUAAUUAAUUAAAAGAGGAGGAUGUAGAAUCGGGCCAACAAGCUCAGCUUUGGUUCAUAUACAGGUGUAGGAUUGACUGAUGUUACUGUUACUUUAGUCUGUUAAUAGGGUAAAUGGUGCCAAUGACAAAUGAUCUCUGCAUCGUAAAUAAAUAACAGUUGGCACUAAAUCUCAAAGACACAUUCUGUGCCAAAAUUCAAACCGAAUGACUGUGCCAAAAACCAGAAUAUGUUAACAGGAAAGAAACUAAAAUAUUGGAAAGGGGCCGCGUAAGACGAGAUGAAGUCCAAUUAUUUUUAAAACUCUACCUGUUGGAAGACUGUUAUUAAAACAGAAAAAAAUUACUCCAAUUUUCUUAGUGGAGGUGCUCAUUAUUUUUUCCAUUUGGACCAACCUUCCAUUGGUCAUUAUUUGGUCAUUAUUACCACAGGAAACCUGUUUUUUGGGGGGCUGUGGUGUUAUUAAAUUAAAAACUUGAUUGUAGUUCUUGUAGUGAUUGGAGUGAUUACCUUUCAGGGAGCCAAAAUAACCGGGUCCCAAUGGAAGAGCAAAACAGGAUUAUUAAACCCCCCAAAAAGCCAAAUUUAUCCCCACUUAAAAAAAAAAGGGACGACAUUGUGAAGCAAAAUGGAAGAUACAGGGAACUCAGAAAUGCCAAGUCCAUGCUUAUUUAUACAGUCCAAAAUCACCAAACAUAAUUUGCCUUUGGCAGCUCCACGGUUGAAAGCAUCUAUUGAAAUGAAGAAAAGCUCUGAGGGGGUCCAGAGGUGAAGUCUUUUGUUUGUUUUCAGUGUAAGAGAGAGAAAUUUUGAAGUAGAGGACAAAAAAUAAGCCAAAAAAAGAACCACUCAGGAUACUACUGAUGAAUGAGAGAUGGCUGAUGAAAUUUGACUGUCAAAACAGGUGACGGGUGUCCUUCUAUACAACACGAGGCCAGUUUGUACGAUCAAAAAGACUGUUAUUUUUUAAACCAACGGAAAUCAGUCCGUUUAGUAAAAAACUGCGCAAAUAUUUCGGCAAAAUCGUUCAAUUUCACAGAUAAAGUGAGUGAAAAUUUGUGGGUUUUGCUUCACUAAAGUAUAUCAAAUACAACUGAUAAUUUGCUGUAAAAUUUGUAACUAAUACGACUCUAUGUAACACAAAAUAGUAACUAUGACACUCUGGGAAGUCUUAGCUGUGAGUGUCUCAAUUCUGCAGUUUGUUUCAAGUCAAAGAUUCAGUGAUACAGUUUUGUUCAGUCGUCCCAAAGGUACAGAGAGGAGGGGGGGGUUUAGAAACAGAAUUACAAAUCAUUUUUGAAGGAGACAUUCAGCUGCAGUGAAAGAGAGAGAGAGACGUGUUAGUGAGAACAAAGCGGUGAGAUAGAGAUAUGAUCCUGAACAAUAUCAAUAUUUUAAGAUAACACAGUGACACCUCAACAUAACCCUGUGAAAAAAACGUGUGAGGUAUUUUUUUUCUCUGCCUGUUAGCUGUUCAGUCAAACAGAAACAGAGGAGAGGAAAAUACUGGAGACAAGGUUCUAACCUGGUUGCCACCGUUUUUUUGAGUUUUGACCUCGCACCCCGAUAGCUGGUAAUUUGCAGCGGACUACACAUUCUACACCACAAGAAUAAUGAGAAGUUAGAGAGCGGAGGGCAGUGUCUGUACAGGAACAGAUACCACAAACUACUGUGGUGUUUCAUAAAUGUUAAUUGAGAUGGGUUCAAAUUUUAUGAGCGCAUAUUGUAAAUUUUUUUUAAGGGGUUUUUAAGGCUGAUGAUUAUUACCUCUAAAACAAAUCCUGCAUACGGAAACGGACUAGAUCUUUGUUUGUGUGUGUGAACAGUUGUUUUUCUUUAUGUAGUCUGGAUAGUGUUGUACACUAGUAUUGAUACAUUCCGAUUAUGUACUUUUGUUUUCUUUAAAAUAUCUCCUAAUCCAUUUUUAAUUUUAGCUCACAGUUCGGGUCGAUUUGUUCUUGUUUCUGAAACAGUUUGUCAGAUAAUGAGUUCAUGAAAAAGGAAGUCUUAUCACUGGAAUCCUCUGCUCACAUAUUUGACUGACUGCUGGACAGGAAGUCAUGAAAACCCUGAAAAGUUGUCUUGUGCACCCAGAGGCUGUACUGUGGUCAGAUAAUGUACCACUAUGACUUCUCUUACAUGCAGUUUUGACACUUAUCUCAUAUGUUUUCAAAAGUCGCUUAUUUAAACACGUCUCCCUGUGUGUCCUUGAAGUUUGACAACAUUUAUAACAUAACAGUUGACUAAGCAACAUUAUGAUGGCAUAAAAUUAGCAUUUAUAUCGCUGCUGUGUGUAAACAGACAGAUGUGCAGACUUUUUCAUUCUUAAUAAUAAUUAUAAUAAUGAUAAUAACUUAAUUUGUAUAGCACUUUUAAAAAAACAGAUGUUUACAAAGUGCUUUGACAUGUCGUCAUAGAGCACAUGGAAAAAGACAAAUAAAAACAAAAAGCUCAUUAAAAACUGAAUUAAAGGCCAUUUUCAUUUUUCACAAGAAACCCAGAUAAUACAAGAACCUUGCAACAUAAAAUGAGAUCAUGACGACCAAAAUAAAACGAUAAAAUAGUUAAGAAAAAAGAAAAAUGCAAUUAAAAGGGAGGACGAAAGCAGAAACAGGAUAGUAAAAAUAAAAGGCAAUAUCAACAAUGAUAAUAAAAUAAUAACAGGUAAUCCUGAUAAUAAAAAAUAAUGAUAAAAUAGAGCAAUUGAAAUGAGCAAGAGAUAAAACAAUAAAAGGCCUAAAAGGUUAAUUAUGAAAAGAGUAAAAGUUUAACAAAAGCUAAAAAGACGGUAAAACCGAAAUAAGAUUAAAAAAAAAAGUAAAAGGGAUAAGAGAUAAAAGAUAAAAGACAGCAUCACAUAAAAGCAAGUCUGUAAAAGUGAGUUUUAAAUUUGACUUAAAAGAAGCUGUUCGCCUUAUCUCCUCUGGCAGGUCGUUCCAAAGUCGAGGAGCUCUGAUGGAGAAAGAUCGAUCAUCUUUAGUUUUGAGUCUCGACUUUGGAACGACCAGGAGGACUGCGCUAGAGGAUCUGAGGCUGCGAGUUGAACUAGUUGGAGGCAGGAGGCUGAUUUCUUAUUGAGACCAGGGAGGAGAAAGAUACAGUAUUAUUAUUAUUAUUAUUAUUAUUAUUAUUAUUAUUAUUACUAUUAUCGUCUUGUAAACAAUACUCCGCCUUCAGCCUCAGGUGGGUUUGUUUAUCCUGUUACGUCUAUUUUUUUCCAGUUUCGCUCCAGUCAUGUGGUGUCAACGUCCCCACACCUGUCUGCUUGUUUAUGGCAAAUAUUCUGGAAAUUUAACUGGGUGGCUGUCAGGACAAAGUCGGUGUCAAGUCAGGUUGUUUGUGCUCAUAUAUGCUGCUCACUCCCAAAAUCCUCUAGAGGUUUUUUUCAUAGUCCUGUGCAGUGUUUGUUCUGUGUGAGAACAGCUUAUAUCCUGUGUGCUUUUCUCUGUUCCUCCAGUAAUACACAGAGGCCGGUAUCUUGACUUUGCUUUUGUAUCAUGGUGUUUAAAUAGGUGUCUAGCAUCCUCUUUUCACCCCUGCUAAGUGUUGAAGUUAAAAUAUACCUGAUAAUGGAGCCGGGUUUGAAUUGAAAAUGAUUCUGUCACAUCUGUGUUGAAUGUCUCUGAACACAAUCGAUGUGAAAGCUUCAUAGAGCUCAUUUAAUAUCAACUUUUGAAUCCUCUCUCCCUUUGUGAAGAAGCUCAUGAUCUAAAAUAAAGUUGCUGUUACCAAGGAUGGCAUUUUUGUCUUUUAGUAUUCUGAACCAUGUUUAAAAGGAGGAGGCAUUUAUCACAGAUCGUGGAGCUUGCUGCUUAGCUACAAGCGAUUUGAAACAUAGUUGAGUGAAAGGAUGGUUGCAUCUGUUUUCUCUUCAGUAUCCUUGACAGCAUUCACACACGCAGUCAGCCUUUCACAACUUAGUCAAAGAAGCUUCAUACUCUGUAUUCUGCAGAGCUCCCAUUGUUCCCAGGUAAGCCAAGGUUGUACUGAUGUAUGGCAAGAAGAGCACUUAAUGAUCAACAUGCAGCGGCUUACUGCCCACACUGCACCGCACGCAAAAGGCAGAGUGUAUUUAUCUAUCUGGUAUUGUUGACAAGUCGAAGUCUGUCACUCUUCCUCCCUCCACUGCAGGCAGAGGAGAGAGCACGCCUUGCCACAGCCUCUCUCAGUUGUUGGAGUGACUGCUGGAGGGGACGCGGCAAUCGAUAAUUUGUGCUUUAUCUGUUGUUUUCACCUGACCUCAUGCAGUUAGAUACGAGGAGUCGCCUCUUUGAGUUCUUAGCACUCGGCUUGGUGAGUUGAAAGUGGAAGUUUUGUGUGGACUUGUUGGAAAGAGUCAGUUAUAUAGAUGAUUUUAGAUAGUUUAAUUACAUCAGGGAGUGGGUUACUGUUUUUGUUUAUGUAUCUUAUCUUUUUUUAUAUAAUUUUACUCUUUAUAGAAACCUUACCAUCAUGCUGGAUGAUAUUCUUUUCAAUGACGUAAACUGUUGGUAUAAUUUUCCUUCUUUAUCCUCAAAAGUUGUUUUGACCUUUUAAUUAAUUGAUCUCAAAAUUGCAGUUUAGUUUUACUCAAAUCAGUCUGUGGGUUGUGCUUUAAUCAUUAAGCUUUAAUUUGUCUAAUUUAAGAUCCUCGUUAAGCAUUAAUGACUAACAUGAUGGAUUAAGUCUUUCAUGUCUUGCUGUAGCUUGCAGUCGAUGAAUUUAGCCGGUGUUCGGUUAAAAACAGAAAAAUGCUCAUCAGAGGUUCAUUUUUAAUUGCUUCAUUUAUUUUAACCACCUGUCCAAACUCACAAACCUCUUAUUUUCCAUCAUUAACGUUGUAAGAAAAGAAGCAAAUCUCUGAAAAGUUACAGAGACGUUAUUCUGAUAAGGUUGUUAAAUGGAGGCGCAGGUGUAGCUGAUUUGGGAGAGCAGGCACUUGGUGUACCGAGGCCGUCGUCCUUGACUUCUCUGCACGUUUUCUGUCGAACCCUCAAGUUGUUCAAUCUAAUAAAGGCGUAAAGCUCCAAAAAUAAUCUCUUAAAAUAGAAUUGUUGCCAAUGAAUUUUCUAUUGAUCACUAAAACAGUUGAUGAUUGGAGCUCCUGCUGCUUCCAGGUGUUGCUGAGUUAAAAUUUACAUAUUCAACAUCCACACCGGUUUUCAGUUAUUUUAUUUUUAUGAUUAUUCCCUCAAAGAUAUAUAUAGAUAUUUUAAGUGUGAAUAUGAAAUAAGGCGUUUGACUGAAGACCUGAAAAAAAGCAUCAUUGCAACUCUUUAAGAAAUCCCCUUCUAGGGCAGGGCGAUAUGUCCUCAAAUCAAUAUCACGAUAUAUUGAUCAGUUCACCUCGAUAACGAUAAAUGGACCAUAACUACUCCACAAGCUGCUCACCCCCUCCCACAUUAACUUCGUCUACUUCAGCCGCUACAACUUUUGAACCGUCCUCCAUCUCCUCACCUGUCUUUCCCUCUUUGUUAUGGACUGGAUGGGGUGGAGUCACGUCUUUGACGUAGGACAUCGUCUUAAAGGGACAGGAGACCAUAGCCUACCUACACACAUCCAAAACCAACUUUGAUUUAUUUAUUUUUUUGACACCGUAUACACCGACGUCGGUUAUUGUCAUAAAUAUCGGUAUCAGUAAAUUUUUGGCUUAUACUGCAUAACACAACAGUAAAAUCUUUCAUUCGAGAAGCUCUAACCAACAAAUUUUGACCUUGUAGAAGGAAUUUAGAUGAUCAGCCAACAUUAAAAACUGUUGCUGAUUUUAUUUCCUAUUUAACUGGAACUAGAACGAGUCUCUCCAGCGAGCUGAACUCGACCUCCUACACAAACAUGUCUGAGGUAUGCUGGUGCUCAGACAUGAGUCCUGAGGCUGCAGAAACGGAGUACUGGUGAACCUUGUUUGACAUGUACACAACUUUCUCUGCAGGUGGUUUUCUCUGAGUUGGCUCUCCAGGCAUGAAACAUGUCGAGCAACUUGUGAAAUCCCAAACAAAGCACAGCAUCUCUUCUCCAGGAGCCUUUUUUUUCUCAAACCGUUUUUUCUGCUCUCUAUACAGAGACCGGGCAUGCCUCCAUCCAGUCGUAUGACACCUCAGGGACCAGCCAUGGGCCCCCCAGGGUACGGCAACAGUCCAGUGUCUCGCCCUGUGAUGCCUGGCGUGAUGGACCCGUCUCGCAAGAGGCCCGCCCCUCAACAGAUUCAGCAGGUGCAGCAGCAGAACCGCAACCAGCAGUAAGUCUUGUGGUGAAGUGCUCCACCUCAAACAGAAGAUCAGUGUGUAUAAGACUAAACUUGAAUUAUUUGUUUUGUAGUUUAAGGAGUCCUCUUAAAUGGAGGCAAAGUUUUAUCAGCCUUUGAAGAACUUUAAAGUGUUUUAAUGUGAUCAGAAGUCUCUGUGUGUUUGAUAUUUAAACCCUGCAGCCGCUCUUUUAGAUACACCACCAUAUUCCUGACAAAGCCUGCAGAGUCUUUGACUACCACCACCAAGACCAUAUUUAGUAUCUGAAUUUUGUCCCAAUUAAAGAAGUACAAGCCUAAAAGUGCAGCUUUUGUCAAUUAAAGACAGUUAUUUAUGAUCUUAAAUCUUUUGAAAUAAAAGAGUUUUUCUGCUUAAUGCAGGUGGAAUCUGAAGCAUUUGAAGUCAUGAUGGUAACCUUUUUGUUUUUUUUAGACAGCUGAGUUACUGGCACAAUAAUUAGAUUUAUUUUCCUCAUUUUUCAGCUUCCUACUGUAACAGAAGAUCAAGUAUUUUAACCGUUGUAAUUUGGUUUCAAAAAGAAAGCAGAAGGUUCUUGAAUGAAAACCAUUUCAGCUUUCUCCGCCUUUUUAAAAUUGUGUCUCAGCUCACUCCUCGCCGUAUAAUUAACUUAAAAUGAAUUUCACGUUAAAGACUUCCUGGUUAGCCCUGAAGGAGGGGAUGAUAGUCCUUGUUAAUGAGUUAGAUAAAUGCAGCCGCCGUUCUGGACCUGUGAGAUCGGUCAGGGACUGAAUUAUUGUUAUUAUGUAAAUGCAGCAUCACUAUGUGCUGACCCACGCUCAAACUUAUCUUGUUUUUCGUUAAUUUGUUUUCCCAGCACAAAGAAGAAGAAGAUGGCUGAUAAAAUUCUACCUCAGAGGGUGAGUGUUAAUCAAACAGCAGGAAAUCCAUUAAUUCAGGCCUCUAUUCUAUUGAAGUGAUUGCAUUCGCCUGUCUGUUUGAAUUUUAAUUCUGGUGGCUCCAAACAAAGCUGAGCUCUUCCGUAUUAAAAGGGCAAAGACGAGGUGUUUGAGAUUACCUACCUGACAUUUUUAGGGGGUUUACUCAGGCCCCUCGCGGUGAUGUCCACGGUGAACUGACUAAAUGGACCUAAAAGAAACUAAAUCUUUUUAUAGGGCCCUUUGUUUAGUCCCAACCAAAAUGAGAGGUGUGAAACCUCCCCAGGACCUUGGUCCGGACCAAACAGCCGACCGAGGUCUGACCAAAAGAGGUGGUCUCGGUCCGGACCAAACUGAACCACGGUCUGGUUCAUGCCCAGUGUGAAAACAUUAUUCUGAAAGGUUCAGACCUUCGUACCAAAGACAGGAAAUAAGUUAAAUAGAGAUUGUCGGGAAACAUUAUAAUAUUAAGGAUAAAGUUAUGAUGAUUGACAGCUUACUUUUCAAGAGUUUUACUACACAUACUGUAAUUUUCACACUAUAAGGCGCACUUAAAAUCCUUUUGGCUUGUCGGAGCACUGCAGCUACCGUAGCCUCGCAGUGUUAUGGAAUGAGUUAAAUAAAGUUUGACUUAUCUGAGUGUUUUGUUUGGCUUAAUGCGCUUUAUAAUCCGGUGCGCCUUAUAGUGGGAAAAAUACGGUACUCUUCUCCUAAGCCGGUGUUGCAAUGACUCGCAGGAUCACAUCUUUUCUUUUCCUUUUCUCUCGAUUAAGUUUUGGUCUGAUUGAUCAAAUUCAUGAGACUUCCUCGGACCAGCCUCAUGUUCAGCUCUUCAAGUUGUCGCUGUUGGAGGAAGAAAAUCAAAAAUAGUACGAUGAUGGGAAUGAUGGUUUCAUUCUUGUUUAAACCAUUCAAGACCCGCGUCAUUCAACGUGUUGACGUCAGACGCCCGCCGGCCAAAUGACCGAUCAAUGUAAACUACAGAGCACAUAGCUGAUGACGGUCAACUAUCAUGUAGGUUCGUCAUGUAAAGUCCGUUAGUCUGUUUGCAAAUAUGACAGAGUGAAACUUAAACAGACUGAACCAAAUGUAGACAAUGUAACAAAAACACAGACCUUGGUUCGAACCUUGGUCCGGACUUUCAGGUGUGAAAACAGCCUCAGAAGAGACAAUGGGUCACCUAAGUGUGACUGAAUAGAGAUGAAUUUAAAAACCUGUAGUGGGUUCUCCUGAAUGUGUCCUGUUGUAAAUGUUUAUCUCCAGUCUAACGCGUCUUUUUAUGUUCACUAGAUCAGGGAACUGGUCCCAGAGUCUCAGGCUUACAUGGAUCUGCUGGCUUUUGAGAGGAAGCUGGACCAGACCAUCAUGCGCAAGAGGCUGGACAUUCAGGAAGCCCUCAAGAGGCCAAUAAAGGUGAGUCUUUGUUUCAGUCUGAAGCAGCUCCAUGAAAAAUCGCACACGUUUGGGUUUUAAAGUAAGAUAUUGAUCCUUCUUUGUUUUUAUCUCCAUAGAAAUUAAAUAUUGAUGGCUGCUCUGGAGAGAAGUUUCAUUCAUCAGUCGCCGCUAACGCUUUAAAGUGACAGCCAAUCUAUCUGAUGUUUGAUAUUUCAUAUAAAUUUAAUCUUCUAGGUGUCCAAAUUGCUUAAACGUUGAAAUAGAUGUCAUCAUGAAUACAGGCUCAAACUGUCACUGUGGAGUUUUCUAAUUUUUUCCUUCAGUAAAUUUAAUUUCAUCCAGUGAAACAGAACCAGAGUCAUUUCUGUGAGAAGUUAAGCACAUCGAUUUUCCAGUUUCUCUUGACCGACUUUUUAUUUUAUUUUAUCCAGCAAAAGAGAAAGCUUCGGAUCUUCAUAUCAAACACCUUCAACCCCGCAAAGCCUGAUGCUGAGGAUGGAGAAGGCACUGUGGCAUCAUGGGAACUUCGAGUUGAGGGGCGUCUGCUUGAAGAUGUAAAGAAAUUCUUUUUAUAUUCGAACCACAGAUUAGAUAUUUCUGAUGUUUGUGGUUUUAGAGCAGCAUAAUCAGCUUUUUAACACUUGAACUCUUUGAGCCACAAUUAUGAACUCUUGGAUCUAUUCAUUGUCUUUAUUCUUCACAAAUAUUCACAGGAGUGUAAUUGUCUUUACAGACUGCUGUGUCAAAGUAUGAAGCUACCAAACAGAAGAGGAAGUUCUCCUCUUUCUUCAAGUCUCUGGUCAUUGAGCUCGACAAAGACCUGUACGGCCCAGAUAAUCACCUUGUGGAGGUAAGAUCAUCGUUUAUUUUUACGUACCAGAACAUUGUUGUUGGGGCUGUCAACGAAAUUGAGAUUCAAAUGUGAAAGUUAAUAUUCGAAUAUUAAAAAGACUGAGUGGGGAAAGAAAAGAAAAACGAAAAGAAACAGCGGCUGCUUUGCGAGUGAGCGCACUGUCACGACAGGUCAGGGACAGGUCACAGGAGCUGCACCUGCAGUGAGACUCUGCAAUGGCGGGAACUUUAGAAGGUGUCUUUGGAAAUUCUUCGUAUUUUGUGCGGACACAGUCGACGUAAAAAAUGCUGAGCUAGAUCAAGUUAUAUGCUAGCUAUGUUGACAGAUGUUCAAACUAAAGUAAAAUUUAAAAAAUACCCAAACAAGUAGUUAUGUCUUGUUUGUUUGUUUGUUUGUUUGUCCUCCAGUUGGCAUGAGGCGCAAAAAUAGAUUUUUGAAAAUGUUUGAACCUUUGUGUUAUUUUUAGAAAAAAUAUUUGUUAUAUUUUGUUAAACAUUUUCUGAAAAUAACUCCACCUGUCCUGUCUUCGGUAUUUUUAAAGAUUUUUCUUUUUUCCUCAACAAGAGAAACGGCUGCUUCUUUCUGUCUUUUUCUUUAAUUUAAAAUAAAUCAUUUUUCAUUGUUUAACAAACUGUUGGGAAUUUAGAUCAGAAACAGGUUUGAAUUGACUUGUUUAAUUUCCAAGGAUAAUGUCUGCAGUUCAACUGUUUUUCAUAAUCGCUCUGAACUCUCAGCUUUAGGGACCAGGAGAGUUAACAGGAUUUUGUUACAGAAAGGCAAAAAAAAAAUUAGUUACUAUUUAAUCAAUUAAACUUUUUUGAGUUUUUAAACCUGUGAUGCUAUUUUACUGUAACUUAAAUCUGACUCUUAUUUAAAACUCCUCUCCGUCUUCUUAGUGGCACAGAACCGCCACCACCCAGGAGACUGAUGGUUUCCAGGUGAAGAGGCCCGGUGAUGUGGGGGUCCGCUGCACCGUCCUGCUGAUGCUCGACUACCAGGUAAAUGUUGAAGGCUUCACACUUGGUUCACAAAGUGUUAUAUGAAGAUAUUUACUCAGCCAGCCUCUCAGUGGGAUGGUAUAAAGGUCAUUGAAACCCCUAAAUCCAAUAAGCCAUUGUUUUUAUUUGCUUCCUGUUCCGUCACUCACCUUUCUGUUAUUCCAAACAGCCCCCUCAGUUCAAGCUGGACCCUCGGCUGGCUCGUAUGCUGGGCAUCCACACCCAGACCAGACCGGUCAUCAUUCAGGCCCUGUGGCAGUACGUCAAGACCCACAAACUUCAAGACCCCCAUGAGCGCGAGUUCAUCAACUGUGACAAAUACCUGCAGCAAGUGAGUCGAGUCUAUAAAUCACAUGAAACCUCAGCGCUGCGGUUUGUUCUCAGUUAACGCCUCUGUGUUUUUUUACACCUGAUGGGAAAAAAAGCGUCUUUGCUUUUUGUCGUGAUUAACGGUUCGAUGAUCUUGAUGCUGCACAGUCUGUUUUUCCUGCCCUUCCCUCUCUCUCCUUCUAAGGAGACCGUUGCUCAUUCUGAGUCUGACUGCUUUCCAAGUGUCUUCUCUUUGACGCUGCGAAGAUAAACAAAAGGGUUGACGAUGAAUUCCUGCAAAGUGAACAUAAUCUCACUUGUAAACUAGCAGUGGCUUGAAACACUAACAGAGACUGCCUGUGGAAAAAAAGGGGAUUGGUCAUUAAUUUGAGGCUCAGUUUGUUUUAUUCUCUUACAUCCACACCUGAUUAAUAACCACAGCUGACUUUAGCCGAGCAGAAAGACAAACACAAGAGAGAGAGAGAGCAGAGCGUGCGGCGUUAGUUUGUACUUCAAACCUGCUUCAAUAGAAAUUAAAAAGGAGCAGAAACACAAAAUGACAAAUAACCAUCGAGAAUAUUUAGCACGUGCAUUUUUCCUCUUUUUCUAUCAAUGUCUUCGUCAACAAACAUGCCAACUUUUAUUCCUUUUUUCUUUACAGAGACAGUCAAACUUUUUCAGACUGAGUUUGAGAUCUGUUUGUUUUUAUUUCACAGAUAUUUGAGACUCAGAGAAUGAAGUUCUCCGAGAUCCCUCAGCGCCUGCAUGCACUCCUGAUGCCCCCAGAGCCCAUCAUCAUCAACCAUGUCAUCAGGUAAACAAACUCUAAAAAAUGAGCCUCCUCCCGUCUCUGGGUAGAGUUUUCAAUAAUAAGAGUGUACGGCUCAGUUCAUGUCGUAUUAAAGUUCAGAAUAUCUCAUUUUUUACACCGCCUAAGUAUUUUAAUGACGGAGGAAAACCAACUAAACAUCCUGUCACUGCUCUCUAGUGUGGACCCCAAUGACCAAAAGAAGACUGCAUGUUAUGACAUCGAUGUGGAGGUGGACGACACACUGAAGACUCAGAUGAACUCCUUCCUGCUCUCCACAGCUAGUCAGCAGGAAAUAGCAGGUCUGGAUAACAAGGUGAGACCCGACCUCCUCCCUCCUCGUCUGUGUUUCUUUGUAUGUUUGCACAGUUCCUUUAACUACCAAAUAAACUCUAAAUUAACUCAAAUAUUAGAGAUAUAAUCUAAAAUUGAGAUUACAGAGUUUACAGUGAACACAUAAAAAGCUCUAAUAACUUCUUUCUCCCUCCUGCAGAGCAGUUUUCUCCCUGAUAAAUGCCACAGUAACAAAGGAAUUGUUCUUUUCUGUUAAUGUGUGUGAUUAAGUCGUUACAAACGGCACCGUCGUCCCGGUGAUUUACUCCCUCUGCUGCAGCAGCUCUUUAAAGGCCACUUUAAGCACACCAAGUUUUCAUUCUGAAUGGGCAGCUUUUCUCCAUUGUGUCUCUUUUCCUUUGAGUUACAGUCCGCUCUUUCUUUCCCCGUUUUGUUCACCUGCUGAGAGCCAUUUCACACAUUUCUGCUCCCUCCGUUCGUAGCCUCUGUCCCCGAGUCUUUUCUCCAGUUUUGAUGUCAGCGAGGUUUUCUUGACCUCCCGCUAACAGACGCUACCUUGACUGGGAUGGCUGUAAUCACUCCGAUAAGACAGUAAGGCGCCCAGCUGUGUCGUCUUUGUCCUCAGACGAGUCAACAUUAGAGGGAAAAAAAGAGGUCUUUGUUUAUCGCUUAUGGGCCCCACUGGUGUUGUUGCUGUAACACUUACUGAUACACACAGGGUUCCUGCUGAUCUGAUAUCACUAACCGUUAGAUUUAGAGCCCUGGGGAGAGAGCAGAUCAGAUUCAUGCAGGCCGGGGACAGAUCAGACAUUCCCAUGACACUCAGACACACAGUUGAUACAUUUAACCGAGACAUAACAACCUGCUGUGUCCUUGUGUCAUGAGAUGAUGGGAAGACACAACCCCAGAAGAGUGUGUCACAUUUUGUGGUGGACAAAAAGAACUUUCUCCGGAGCUCAAAUGUGUCUAACCAAGAUUACAGUCUACAGCCUGGAGGACAUUUCUAGGAUCCUUGAGUCGGUGGAGCAACAGGCCGUUCAGCUGAGCAUGACAGCUCUCUAAUUUCUGCAGUGAUUUUUUAUUUUUUUUUGUCUUAUGAAAUGUCAUCUCGCUGAAAAGGUUUGAUUAAUCACAGCUCGUCUUUCUUUUUAAUUGGAAAGAAACCUGAUCGUACUCUGCAGUCUCCGUUCGUCUCCUUCAUCUUAUUGACUGAAAAAUAAUUAAAGCAGAUAAACUCUGCUCUGUAAUGAAUUUAACAUCAAACACACUCCAAAAGCAGAAGCAUCAAAUGUCCCCGGUGAUUUCUUAUAAAUAAACAAAAGCCGGUCACAUUAAAUAUAACUCAUUAAAGUGCAUUUUAAAUUCCUUUUCCUCCUCGUCGAAGAUUACGCAAACACUCAUCUGUGUGACAGCUCCAGACCGUUAAAGGUUGGUCCUCUCACCAAAAACACUAAAAAAGAAGUGGAUAUGAAUAUUAUAUGAGAGGAAAUAAGUUCAGCUUAGAGGACGGUUCAAAGCUGCUGCUGAUAAAUAAAUUUAAGAUGUUCGAUGAAGUGAAACCGGAUGAAAACUUAAUAAGUUUGUGUUCUUUUAAAGUUCUUAAAGGUCAAACCUCAGAAGUAUUAUUUGUAGUGAUGCACCGACUGGAAAAAUCUGAGCCGAUAUCCGUGUUUUUUUGUUCUUUUUUGUAAACAUUUUUUUUUGUUGCUUACUUCAUUUUUUAAAUUAUUAAUUACGUUACCUUAAUUGAAAAUUUACUUUAAUAAAAACAUAAAAUUAAGAGAGCACCGACUCAAUAAUACAAAUAAACAGUGCAACCUUUUAUUAAAUGUUCUUUCACAUGAAAUAUUAUACUGGAAAUUACAAAAACAGCUUUGAAAGCCUCUGACAGUCACCCCUGGUAAGGUUGUGUAUAACGGGACUCUAUACAGGCGACUCCAUCAGGCUUCGAAAACCCACAGCAGAGAGGGUCUGGUCAUCUAAGGUGAUAAACUCCAUCUCUUUGGUUGUAAUUUCCUUCGCCUUGGUGCUGUCAGUGGAAAGUUUUCUACCCUGAUGAAAUGUUGUGGUUUUCUUCCUCUGAGUCUUGUAAGCGGUUUGUGUUCAGGUCAACUCUGCGCUGAUUCUCAGCUCUUAAGAAAACUGCUCAGUGUCUGUUUUAUUAAAUGACUUUUGCUCUUAGUCCCUCCUCUUGAAAUUUCACAGGAAAAUUUCUCCCAAACUGCAUGUCACUGCCGUAUUUUUCCCACUAUAAGGCGCACCAUCAACAAACGCGUCUAUUCUCGUCUAUUAUCAUACAUUAAGGCGCACCGGAUUAUAAAGCGCAUUAAACCAAACAAAACAGUCAGAUAAGUCAAACUGUAUUUAAGUCAUUCAAUAACUCAGCGAGGCUAUGGUAGCUGCAGAGCUCCAACAAGACAAAAGGAUUUUAAGUGCGCCUUAUAGUGCGAAAAAUACGGUAGUCUUUUUCUGGAGAUCGUGUAAAAAUCCCUCACACGUUGUACUCAGACGUCACGCUGGUAUCUGACUAACAUGUGACUCCUUCUGCCCAAUGAAAAAUGUGUUAACCUUAUUAGCAGUAGCUGUACUAAAGGUUGAUGAGUAAACAUACACAUCGACUACUGCCAUCGGCACAUUCCACUUUUAUUCACAGAUGGGCCGAUGUCCGUCAACAGCGCAGACAUCGGCCCAUACCGAUGUGCUUCCCUAAUUAUUUGUUUUGUGUUCGUUUUUGGGCCUCCUGUGGACUAAGAUGUAUUCUUCAUGUUCAGACUGACAGUAAAUCCAAAUGUAAAUCUCCACGAGUCUCUGUUGUGGGAAAUGUAAAGUAGGUGUUAUGGCUGCUAGUGUUGAUAAAUUUGUGUCAUCUAACCAGCUCAGCGAUUAUCGAUAGUGAAAAUCAUCUCGCUGAUGGUCUUGUUUGCUCGUAAAGGUGCAUCAAUCUGUUUCACACGCGGCUAAAUCUCCUCUCUGGAUCUCUUGCAGCAGUUUUAGGACACUGGGCCGUUCUCCGAUCCAGCAGGCAGUACAACAGCGCUCAUACGUCUCUUUGAUUUCCCCUCAGAUUCAUGAAACCAUCGAGACCAUCAACCAGCUGAAGACUCAGAGAGAGUUCAUGCUGAGCUUCGCCAGAGAUCCUCAGGGCUUUAUCAACGACUGGCUGCAGUCCCAGUGCAGAGACCUCAAGGUGAGUUUAUCCAUCAUGACCUCGAGCCCGAUGAUCAAGGAAAGAGACGCACUUUUAUCUCUUAUCCAAUAAACUUCAGACAGAAACUUACUUAUCCACAUUUUACUGAUGAUUGCUGGAACUGGCCGUCUCAUAGUCUGACAUUUGUAUCUGUAUCUCCUCUUUCCACUCUUAAACUUAUUUUAAAAAAGAAGUAUCAUAUUUAGGAUUUUGGUUUUCUGAAUCAAAUUUAAUUUCAGUGACAAAAAGAAAAACACUGGAGAGAAUGACAUGCAGGAAAUGAUUUGUAGCUCGAGUAAAUAACUCUCUUGUCAAACAGGCGUCUCGGUGAUGACAGGUAUUACACCUCGUGUCAAAAAACUAAACAGAAAUUUCCCGUACGUCGUUUUUCGAGCUGAGAAAAUCCUCCGGGUCAUGUUUGAGGUUAAUUUUUAAUCCACGCUGUAGAGAGGUGACCGAGUGUCAGCUGCGGCGAGAGAUGACUUCAUUUAUUCAGUCCGCGAACAUCACGCUCUGUCAUAACAGCAAACUCGCGCUGCUCACCGAGGCGUAUCACUGAAGGGCACAGACAGACGACUGUGUGAAACAUUUAAUGAACAUGUCUGACCGGCUGCACGGCUCGCUCAUGAACUGCUGACCAGCUGUCACCACCUGCAGUGUUCACUCGGCCGCGUCGCUCUAAAAUUGAAUUAAUCCGGUCCGAAGCUCGCCGAAUGCUUCAACAGCAACCUUAUCAACAAAACCCUCCAACACUCUUUGUCACAGCUGCUGUCAGAGUUGGAUUUCUGCCCUUCGACUAAUGCUUUUUUUAUCAAUACAGACUUCUGUGCUGUUUCAUGUCCCAACUUUGCAUCUGUCUCUGUUUUCAGACCAUGACCGACGUGGUUGGAAACCCAGAAGAGGAGCGGAGAGCAGAGUUUUACUACCAGCCGUGGGCUCAGGAGGCCGUCUGUCGCUACUUCUACUCCAAGGUAAUCUUUUUUACCCCUUCACUGUUUGCUUUCUGCUUCACUGGAUCGGCUUUGUUUUGAGCCGUGCUGGUGGCAAAGUUCUGCCAAAGUCGCCCAAACUUGGAUGAGACGACUGCAGAGAAGCAAAGUUUCUUCUGGUGGUUAAUUUUGGCACACAAGAUGUGGCCGUGUCAAACUUUAGCCAACUCUGAAGUGACAGAAACAACAAAAGUUAGGGCUGGGCGAUAUGGCCUCAAAUCAAUAUUACAAUACUGUAGUUAAUGAAUUCUCUAUUGAUCACUUAACCCAUUAAGACCUGAACCCUGUCUGAGACACGCCUCUGAAAUCCUGAGGGCUCUUUGUUACGGACUGGAUGGGGUGUAGUCACGUCUCUGACAUAGGACAGCGUCUUAAAGGGACAUGAGACCAUAGCCUACCUACACACAUCCAAAAUUAACUUUUUAUUUAUUUAUUUUUUUGACACAAAAUAUAUUGAUAUGGGCGAAAUUACGUUAGUUAUUGUCGUAAAUUUCAGUAUCGGUAAAUUUCUGCUUUAUCGCCCAGCCCUACAAAAAGUAUAGCUUGACAGAGUUAGAAUGGAUGGUGCUGAGACAUUUUACUCUAGAUUUUCACAGCAGUCGUAUCUUUCCUGAUUGCAUGUUGAUCAUUAAACCUGAUUGGUCGUCUGUCUCUGAGUGAACCCUCUCUUGUGUAAACGUUUUCCAGGUCCAGCAGAGGCGACAGGAGCUGGAGCAGGCGCUCGGCAUCAGGAACACCUAAACGGAGUCUGUCCACAGGCGACGACGAAUAAGAAGACGACGACGACUAAUGUGUGUGUGCGUGUGUGGGAUGUUCAAAGUCAAUUCCCUGCAGAAUUUUCCGACAACCUUACAGAGAUAGAAACUAGAUGGAUUUACUGUUAUAUAGGAUGUCUGUUUUUUUAAUUAAUUUCACCCUGCAGCCUCGCCGGUUGCCAUUUCCACUUAAGUUUGUAUGAUUUGUGGUUGCACAGCUCCUUGUUUCAUGUCGAGCAUGUACUCCAGCCUCACCUGAAAGCAUUCCUGUCGUUUUGAUUCGUGCGUCCACACAAAAACGCAGAUUGAACACGAAUGAAAAAGCGGAGAGGAGAUUGUACCUGGCAACCCAUAAACCAGCUGGAGUGUGUUGAUUUUGCCUUGAGCUUUUGUUCCUCUCUUUGGUAAGUUUUUUUUUUACACUCCUUACCCAUUCUGUUAGAUUUUGUUUUCUUUUUGUAACCAAUCAGACUUCUUCUUCUCCUCCUGAAUUGCUAAAGUGUCAAUUUGCGUUAAAUUCACCUUCGAUGGUUUGUGCCAUGGUGAUGUACAAGAGAUGUUUGGAGAGCUCGGUCAUGAAAAACUACAUCUUUUAUUGACGGUGGCAUUUGGUAUGAAGUUCAGUCUUUUUUUUUUUCUUUUUUUUUUAUUAUAAAUGGUUCUCGUUUAAAAAUAUGUAUUAUAUCAGUACUUGUCUUGUUAGCUAGUACAGAUUAUCAAGGAAGUAGCUAGUCUGAGUACCUCUAGUCUAUAUAGUUUUGUAAAUACUGAGCAGAAAUAAACUGAAGAUGGAUGUGAAGUGAAAUUGUAUCUCUUAUCCUGGCAGAUGUUUUUCUGAACUCUUUGUCUAUGCUCAGAUAGUUGAAGCAGUAUUUAUAUUAUUAAUCAGCCCUCUUUGCCAGAGCACAGUGGUUUAGCUCUCUGUAACACAAAGACGGUGUCACGACAUUUGACAAACCAGCUGAUCGACAGGGACCGAAGUGUCCGCAGCGUUUAUGUACCUGCGAGCUGGACAAAGAUUAACCCUCUGCUUUUGGUUUUGUGUAUUUCACGUGUGCAGAGAAGCCAUAAACACUUGAACGAGCUCUGUCUUAUUCGCUACACCGGCUGAAAACCGGACACGUCUUUUUUUAAGUUUGACGGCUGUUUCCCUGUCUAAGUUAAAGAGGAGUGUCCGGACUGAAACUUCAGCGUGUGUGCAUUUCAAUAACUGAUUCCAAGAAUACACUAAUGUGGGUUUGAAAGGGGAUGAGAUUUGAAACCAGUGAUGGGAACGUUUAAGUGUGGAAAAUGACACUGAGGGAGGGAGGGAGGGAGGGGAUGCUGUAGUUUUAUUUCAAUCUGCAGACUUUUUCAUGGACCAAACCUAUUUUUCUGUAUGUUCCUAUGUUAUAAUAAAGGAUAUGUAAAAUGGACUCUU